AUGAUGAACAACAGAGUUACCUUGCCUCCAAUCUCGGAUAUCUUCACCAAUAAGAACGUUGGCGCCAUCCCACAACAACCUCCUAUGGCUCCUUACCAGCGCCCAGUGGCUGCUGCUCCUCACGUUCCACCACCACCUCCUCAUCACCAGCACACUUCCCCAUACCCAGCCAUGCCUGUCUACCUGUACCAGUACAUGUACAACUCGCCACCACUGUACCACCACACACCUUAUGGUAGCGCUUCUUACACUCCAUACGCUAGUGUGGGCGCUCCAUCAGGUACGCCGCAAACUGAAGGUGCUGCCGCUGCUGCUGCUGCCGCUGGUGGUGCCGCUGGCUCUAACCCACAAGGCUCGUUGCCUCUUUUGCAUAGACAACUGACCAGCAGCGACCGUCGUCCACUGGUGGCGCUGCCAACGUCGCCAGGCCUGCCACUGUCAAAGUCUCUGACUCCAGAGGCCAGUGGUUUGUCUACGCGGGCAAGAACCAGAAACAACUUGCCUAAAGAAACCACGUAUAUUUUGUUGAAGUGGUUGAAUGAUCACUUGAACCAUCCAUACCCCAACUCGUUUGAAAAGACCCAAUUGAUGAUGACCACGGGGCUUAACCAACAGCAGUUGAGCAACUGGUUUAUCAAUGCCAGAAGAAGAAAGAUUAAGGUGUUGCGCCAGAAACAGAAACUGGCCUCUGCAUAA